UUAAAGUUGGAAGUCUGCUUGGUAAAGGAUCGUUUGCUGGUGUCUACAGAGCUGAGUCCAUUCACACUGGUUUGGAAGUUGCAAUCAAAAUGAUAGAUAAGAAGGCCAUGUGCAAAGCAGGAAUGGUGCAGAGAGUCCAGAAUGAGGUGAAGAUUCACUGCCAGCUGAAGCACCCUUCCAUCCUGGAGCUUUAUAACUAUUUUGAAGACAGCAAUUAUGUGUAUCUGGUAUUGGAGAUGUGCCACAAAGGAGAAAUGAACAGGUAUCUAAAGAACAGACGGAAACCCUUCUCUGAAAACGAAGCUCGACACUUUAUGCACCAGAUCACCACAGGGAUGCUGUAUCUUCACUCUCAUGGUAUAUUGCACCGAGACCUGACACUUUCUAACCUCCUACUUACUCGUCAUAUGAACAUCAAGAUUGCUGAUUUUGGGCUGGCAACACAGCUGAAGAUGCCACACGAGAAGCACUAUACGCUAUGUGGAACGCCUAAUUACAUUUCACCAGAAAUUGCAACUCGAAGCGCACAUGGACUCGAAUCCGAUGUUUGGUCCUUGGGCUGUAUGUUUUAUACAUUACUUAUAGGGAGACCACCUUUUGACACAGACACAGUCAAGAACACAUUGAAUAAAGUAGUACUGGCAGAUUAUGAAAUGCCAACCUUUUUGUCAAUAGAGGCCAAGGACCUUAUUCACCAGUUACUUCGUAGAAAUCCAGCUGAUCGUUUAAGUCUGUCUUCUGUAUUGGACCAUCCUUUUAUGUCCCGAAAUUCUUCAACAAAAAGUAGAGAUGUAGGAACUGUGGAAGAUUCGAUGGAUAGUGGGCAUGCCACAAUUUCUACUGCAAUCACGGCUUCAUCCAGUACCAGUAUAAGUGGUAGUUUGUUUGACAGAAGGAAACUUUUGAUUGGUCAGCCACUCCCAAAUAAAAUGACUGUAUUUCCAAAGAACAAAAAUUCAAGUGACUUCUCUUCUUCAGGAGAUGGAAGCAGUUUUUAUACUACGUGGGGAAAUCAAGAAGCCAGCAGCAGCGGGAGGGGAAGAGUGACCUCAGACGCAGAAGAAAGGCCCCGGUCGCGCUACCUGCGCAGAGCCCACUCUGCCGAUAGGUCCGGCGCUUCCAGUGGUCCAGCUGGAGCAAAGAGGUCCACGAUGGAGCGGUGUCACUCAACAGAAGUGCUUUCAAAGCCCAAAAGAUCAGGAGUGGACGAAAAUGAAGAGAGAUACUCGCCCACAAACAGCAGUGACAAUGUUUUUAACUUCUUUAAAGAAAAGGCGCCUGGUAGUUCUGGAUUUUUUGAAAGACCUGAUAACAAUCAAGCCCUCUCCAAUCAUCUUUGUCCAGGAAAAACUCCUUUUCCAUUUUCAGACCAGACACCUGAGACCGAAAUGGUGCAACAGUGGUUUGGGAAUAUGCAAAUAAAUGCUCAUUUAAGAGAAACUACUGAAUACAACAGCCUCAACCCAAACCAGGAUUUCCAGGGCCCUGCAGAUGUGCAGAAGGGCACAUUAAGGAAUGCCUGGACCGGUGUAAAAGCCAAAAAGAAUUCCGAUGCUUCUGAUGAUGCGUAUUCUGUAAAGCAGCUGAAUGCCGGGAAGCACAGGACUGCAUUUCACAGUCAACCUGAGAUGAUGCAACAGGAAUCUGUUUUUGGCCUGGAUCCUUUUUCUGAGGCGAGCAAGACUAGGGGUGUGGAGCCACCGCUGGAUUAUCAGAAACGGACAUUACGAAGCAUCACGUCUCCUUUGAUUGCUCACAGGUUAAAACCAAUCAGACAGAAAACCAAGAAGGCUGUGGUGAGCAUCCUUGAGUCAGAGGAGGUGUGUGUGGAGCUGCUGAAGGAGCAUGCGUGUCAGGAGUACGUGAAGGAGGUCCUGCAGAUAUCCAGGGACGGAGAUGCGGUCACUGUCUAUUACCCACAUGACGGGAGAGGGCUUCCUCUUGCCGACAGGCCGCCCUCACCUACUGGCAGCAUCAGUAGGUACAGCUUUGACAACCUACCAGAAAAGUACUGGCGAAAAUAUCAGUAUGCUUCCAGGUUUGUAGAGCUCGUAAGAUCUAAAUCUCCCAAAAUCACUUAUUUUACAAGAUAUGCCAAAUGCGUUUUGAUGGAGAAUUCUCCUGGUGCUGAUUUCGAGGUUUGGUUUUAUGAUGGGGCAAAAAUCCACCAAACAGAAGAUUUCAUUCAGGUGAUUGAAAAGACUGGGAAGUCUUGCACUUUAAAAAGUGAGAGUGAAGUUACCAGCUUGAAGGAAGAAAUAAAAACCUACGUGGACCAUGCUGCUGAGGGUCAUCGUGUUUGCUUAGCCCUGGAAUCUGUCAUUUCAGAAGAGGAGAGGAAGAGCAGGAGUACAUCCUUUUUCCCAAUAAUCAUAGGAAGAAAACCUAGCAGCACUAGUUCACCCAAGGCCUUGUCGCCUCCUCCACCUGUGGAUCCCAGCUACCCAGCGAGAGAGAGGCUACCUUUGCAAGGAUGGGCUCUGGACAGCGCGGCACCUCCAGUGUGGGCAUCAACACUCGGUUCUUCUCGGGUUGCAGAUGAAGGACUUGGUCUUCCAGCUGCAGCUUCGGGAGCAGGCGCCUCUUCCGGCGGUCUCGAGGAGGGUCUCCCCAAGUCGGCACAACUUCUGAAAUCUGUUUUCGUGGAAAAUGUCGGGUGGGCUACACAGUUGGAAAACUCGACAUUGCUGCUGAUAUAUGGCUUGCUGGGGCCCAGUGACCGAACCAACACGGAAAGCUUCAGACUCGCAGGCCGCCCCGUAGGUGCGAGCCCGUGUGUGCAUGUUGUCCGAGGCCUGCCGCUGGGGGCCCUUGAGCCGGGCGCGGGGCCUUCGCUUUCCGGUGGCGUCGGUGCAGCGCAGCCCAGCCCUUGCGGGGUAGCGUUCGCUGGAAGCCGCUGCUGGCGCCAC